AUGGAGGGUUGUGAAUCACCUUUAUCAUCAUCCUGGGAUUCAGAACCUGAAACUGAUAUCUCGUCUAUGAUCAAUUGUGAUGGCAUGCCUGAUCAAGGAUCCCUUCAAAGUAUUAACCUUGAAGAAAAUUAUCUUGAUAUGGAAGAACAAAACCAGUUUGUUGGGGUCGAAAAUUCGGAUGAUGGUUUAUUGUGGGAGAUGGACAAUAGAAGUUAUGAAGAGUUGCUCAAAAAGUUCUUGGAAAAGGAGGAAGAGCUCAGAGUUUCCAAUUUUAAGCUUACACUUUCCGAACAAGAGAUUAUCAAGUUGAAUGUUCAAGUUGAGAAUAGUGACGCUCAGCUUGAUAAUGUGAGCAAACAAUUAAAGCUGAAAGAGGAGGAGUUGCUUAAACAAAAAGAGCUUUCGGAAGAAGAGAUUUUCGAGUUGAAGAUUCAAAUUGAGAAAAGUGAGAAUCGGCUUAAUAAUGUGAAUAAAGAAUUGAAGCGGAAAGAGGAGGAACUAAAAAUACAAAAAGAGCUUUUGGUAGGAGAGGUUUUCAAGUUGCAAAAACAAAUUGCUGAAUUGGAUACUCAUAUUAUUCCAGAAUUUUCCUGCAGGAUUACAAAUUUGGUGGAACGGCAUGAGGUAGCUCACGAAAAGCUCAAGAUACUAAACUUUGAAAAUGAAAAUUUAAAAAAGGAACUUGAGAAAAAGUCAACUGAGACUCAUGAAUUGCAAGGUCAACUUAAAGUUGCACAAGAAAAUAUGGCUAAAUCAGAAUUGGAGUUAGUUUCAAAUAGAAAGCAAAUUCAAAUGCUAGGAGAUUCGGUUAUAAUGUAUGAGUCUAAAGCAGCUAACUAUGAGCAAGAGGUUCAAAAAUUGAACUCUGAAUUACUUGAUUUGCAAGCUAAGUUCUCUUUGGAGAAAGAUGAGCUGCAUUUGGAUAUCGCAAGUUCUCUUGAUUUUUUGUCAAAAUUGAAAAUAGAAUUGACCUCUCAACUGGUGGAUUGUCAGUCUAGAAACAAGGAAUUAGAAAUGGUUUUGGAAGAAGAAAUCAAUUGUUUGAGGGAAGAACUUGGUCAGAAAAUGCAUCUUGUUGAAGCCGCAAAUAAGGAAACAGAGAUGGUAGUGAUUGAAAGGGAUGAAGCGAAUGCUAAGAUUGAUAAGCUUGAGGCUGACGUAUGCUCCCGCGAUGAUGAAUUAUCAAAUAUAAAGAAAUGUAUGGAAAAGCUCCAAGCAUCACUGAAGAGGCAUCUGGUCAACUUUGAAACACUGAAGGAGCUGAUGGUCAACAAAAAAAUUAAUAUGAAUGAAAGAAAAAUGUGGAAACUGAGAGUGGAAGAUCUUGAAAAAGAGGUGUCUAGACAGAAUGGUGUGAUCUCAGAUAAAGAUGAAGAGAAGAGGGAGGCAAUUAGACAGUUAUGCUAUUCACUUGAGCACUGCAGGAGUGGAUAUCAUGAAUUAUUGAUGCUGAAAGAGGAGGAACUGAAUAAACAAAAAGAGCUUUUUGAAGAAGAGAUUUUCGAGUUGAAGAUUCAAAUUGAGAAAAGUGAGAAACGGCUUGACACACCCUUAAAGAUAGACGAAUAG